AUGGCCGUCUUCAACUUGAGACAGUUUAUCCGUCAGACAGCCGCCCUAUGCUACAAGAACUUCCUGGCAACCGUCGUUCGACAACCCAUCAGUUUCCUCCUCUUCACAUACGGCCUGCCCCUCGCCAUUCUCGCCGUCCUCCUGUCCAUCCCGUCGUUUAUAACCCCCUCGAGCCGCUUCGGCGUGGGAUCUCCAGCUCCGAUUCGAGACUUUUCCAUCACCGACGGCAAGAAGCUCGUCAUUGUCAAGAAACCAUCCCUCGGACCAGACGUGGACCGCGUGAUAACCACCUUUACCAAAAACAUUGACAAGAGUCUGAUUCACCACCUUGACGAUGAGAGCCAGCUUUCCACCCUGUGUCUCGCCAGCCUCCGCGGGGUCAGCGACUGUCACGCCGCUGUCACCUUUUGGGACUCUCCCUUGACCGAGGGCGCUGUCGACUUUACGUCUUCGCCGGGAAAACAUACCUGGCAGUACACGAUUCGUGCUGAUCCGGUCCGCGACGACACGCACUUCAGUGUCAGUGAACACAACAGCGACCAGGAGACUCUUUACAUGCCGCUGCAGCUGGCUAUCAACAACGCCAUUACAAACGCCACCACCGUUCCUGAGGCGUUCAUGUAUACGUACCAGACGGAAGAGAGCAGAUCCCAGGGCCAACGGAGCGUGUUUGUAGCACAGGUCGGCACCAUGUACGGCUUCGCAUUGUUCAGCUGCUUCUGGCUGAUUAUAUACCGGUUGACCAGCCAGAUUACUUCGGAGCGAGAGUCCGGCAUGGCACAACUCGUGGACGCCAUGGGUGGAGGGAGUGCCACGGCUGCCCGUGUUCUGAGCUGGCUGAUUGUGUAUAACCUCGCCUGUCUGCCUGCGUUUAUCGGCUUCGGCGGCCUCUACUGGCGCAUCUUGUUCCCUACCUCGGACAUUGGCACCCUCAUCGGGUGGCAGGUUCUGCUGGGAAUGGCAGUCAACAGCUCAACCGUGUUUGCGUCGUCCUUCUUCACAAAGUCCCGCGUGUCGGCCGUAUAUGUCGUUGGCGUCUUCCUCCUCAUGUCUGUCGCCGCCCAAGUGUAUAGUUUCCAGUAUAUACCGACGAAACCCUUGGCCGAGGGCGUGUACCCCCUGACAUUGAUCUUCUCGAGCUCCAACCACCUGUUCUUCCUGCAGCAAAUGUGUCUCUGGGAGCUGGCGGAGAUGAAGGCCGACAUCACCAAGCUUCCCAGGCCCGACUACGGCAUCAAUUCAACCUCGUACAAUGUCACGCAGUCGACUAUGCUUGCAUUUCUGGCCAUCCACAUUGUCGUCUAUCCCAUACUGGCCAUCAUUGUGGAGAAGUUUAUGCACGGCAUCGACUUUCGCAAUAGAUCCUUCUCUGGCGGCAAGAAUCCUAAUGGCAACGUCGUGGCCGAGGCGGUGAGUCUGAAGAAGCGCUUCACGCCUAACUUUUUGGAAAAGAUGUUUUGCUGUGGCAAACGACGGGCUGUGACGGCGGUAGAUGGCGUGAGUCUGCAGGGCCACAAGGGCCAGAUAUUGUGUCUUGUUGGUCCGAAUGGAUCGGGCAAGACGACCACUCUGCACAUGAUGGCCGGAUUUAUUAGUCCCACGGCUGGAACUGUGAAUUUGGAUGCCACGCCCUCGCAGAUUGGUAUUUGUCCUCAGAGAAACACGCUGUGGGAUAACCUCACCGUCAGCGAGCACAUGUCUAUCUGGCGAAGUAUCAAGUCUGGUAACGAGACGGACGGCGACCUCGGCAGGUUGAUUGCCGAUUGCGACUUAACCAAGAAGCGAAAGAGUUAUGCAAGGACGCUUAGUGGUGGUCAGAAGCGCAAGCUUCAACUCGCGUGCAUGUUUGUGGGUGACUCGUCCGUUUGUCUUAUCGAUGAGUGUACAUCUGGCUUGGAUCCGCUGUCUCGUCGUGUUAUUUGGGAUAUUCUGCUGGACCAACGCUCCAAGAGAAGCAUCCUCUUUACGACGCACUUUCUCGAUGAAGUGGACGUCCUCGCAGAUCAUAUUGUUAUUUUAUCCAAGGGAACGGUUCGCUGCCACGGCACGCCGGCCGAAUUGAAGAACUUGUACGGCGGUGGUUAUCGGCUUCACGUCCCUCACGAUGCGCCUAGGUUGGAUGUAUCGUAUAAUGCGGUGCUGCAUCAAGACAGCUUGGUGUACUCGACGCCUGAUUCUCGAUCCGCGGCACAACUCUUGUCUGAAUUCGCGGCAGCAGGCGUCACGGACGUGUCCAUGGCGGGGCCUCAAGUCGAGGAUGUCUUUCUCAACGUUGCGGAUGAACCUGAACUCCAGGAAGCUCAAAAGAUGAUUGCUCAGGAGGCGUCGUCUGGUUUCGAAAUGACACCCGGCACCAUUGUUUCCUUUGCGGGCCAAGUUGGCAUACUCUUCCGGAAGAGGCUGACCAUCCUCAAGAGAUUCUGGUGGCCGUACUUUUACGUACUCGCCCUGCCGCUCAUUAUCAACCCCUUCUUCGAUCGUCUGCUCAAGGGGUAUGCACCGCCGUCCUGUGAGUUUCUUGAGCCGUCGUUUAGUCAGCCAAGUCCCGAACCGUUUUACUACUAUGGCGAUUGUACGGGUUCAUAUUGCCCCAAGUUUCCUGUCGCUCCUCUCUCGGCACAAGACCAGAUUGACGCCUUGGUCAAGAAACACAUCUUUUCUCUCAGCCGGGUUCAGGCAAACCAGUCUCGCGCGUUUGCUCCCAACCUGGAAACCAAGGACAAGUUUUUGAGCUACUGGCAAGACCAGAGGAGUAGAGUCUCUUCGUCAGGCGGUAUCUACGGCGGAUCAGCCAGUGAUGCUCCCAUUCUUGCUUGUCAGAUCAACUCGUAUGGGCGGCCGGAAGCGCCAAAGAUUCUGUCCCUGUGGUCGCAGAUGAUUAGUGGUGUUGAGAUCAUUUCGUCACAGGGAGGGUUCGCACAAACUCGAAAGAGUGCUGAUAAUAACGGUCUCCUGUACGCCAUCUUCUUCACACUAGUCCAGGCCAUCUACCCAGCUGCCUUUGUCUUGUACCCUGCGAUUGAAAAGGAUCGCAAGGUCAGACCGCUCGAGUAUGCAAAUGGUGUUCGCAGAGGUCCCCUCUGGGUAGCAUACUCGCUAUUUGAUUUCAUGUUUGUCGUCAUGAUUGCUGUGGGCGUUACGGCCAUCAUGUUCACCCAGCUGCCCUUCUUCCACGACAUAUGGAUAAUGCUACCGAUUUUGAUUCUGUACGGAUUCGCAGCCAUUCUCCUGGGUUAUGUCAUUUCCCACUUUGUUGCCGGUCCCCUCAAGUCGUUUAUUGCCACUGCAGGAAUCAGCUUGCUCAUGUAUGCGAUUGCGGCCAUUGGCUUUGGUGUCGGGUCUGGCUACGCAGAUGCAGCUCAAAUGGACACCAUCACGCUUGGCAUCACGUUUGGUCUAAACAUUGUCCUGCCCAUUGGCAAUGUGUUCCGAGCGGCCAUGUUGGUACUCAACGUGGCUCAAGUCGGAUGCAAAGAUGGGCUUCAUACAGCCACCAGCAGCAUAUACUCGUUUGGCUCGCCAAUUUUGUACUUGGUCAUCCAAAUCAUUAUCCUCUUGCUCAUAAUUGUCUGGAUCGAGGGUGACUUGGCCCUCUUUCGCAGGCACAAAACAACCAACCUCAACAAAGACUCGGAAAAACGCAUCGGCAACGUCACCGACGACGUCGAAGCCGAAACGAUGCGCGUGGAAAACACCAACGACGACUUCCUCCGCGCCCUCCAUCUCAGCAAGUCAUUUGGUUCAAACAAGGCCGUCGACGACGUCACGCUCGGUCUGCCAGAGAGCGACGUGCUCGCUCUCAUCGGACCCAACGGCGCUGGAAAGUCAACCCUCGUCAACCUCAUUCAGUCAGAACUAUCCCCUGACAACGGUAAAGUGCUUCUCCGCGGUGAGGACUCACGGACUCGUUCGGCCCAACGACAUCUUGGCGUGUGCCCACAGCAUGACGCCCUCGACUUCAUGAGCACCCGCGAACACCUAGCCUUCUUCGCACGAAUCAAAGGCAUCAAGGAUGUCAAAGGCAACGUCGACCAUCUCAUGAACAGCCUCAACCUCACGCCGCAUGGGUCCACGCUCGCCUCCAAAUUAUCAGGAGGCAACAAGCGAAAGCUAAGCCUGGCCAUUGCUCUCAUGGGCACACCCCCGGUUCUCGUCCUCGACGAACCUACGUCCGCCAUGGACGCCGUGGCUAAACGUUCAUUCUGGAAAGUCAUUGAAAAGAUAGCUCACAACCGCUCGGUUCUCCUAACGACUCACUCCAUGGAGGAAGCCGACGCACUAGCCACCCGCGCGGCCAUUAUAUCCAAGUCAAUUCUCGCCGUCGGUACUACCAAGGCCCUCCGCGACAAAUAUAGCAAUCACUACUACGUGACACUAGUUCUUGGCUCAGCGCCGAACUCAACCCCUGAGGAGAUGGAAGCCGUGCGGGCGUGGGUCCACGAUGUGCUGCCGUCGUCACAGUUGGAGCGUGACAUGCUCGGUGGUCAGAUUCGUUUCACAAUCCCUGGCGUAGACGCCGAUGGCAGACGCCCGGUGAGUCGGGUCAUUGAUCUUAUUGAGAGGCACAAGGACUCGUUGGGCGUCGAGUAUUAUUCGGUGAGUGGGCCGACGCUGGAGCGUGUGUUUUUGAGCGUUGUCAAGGAGAAUAAUGUGCAGGAAGAGGAUGGACGGGAUACCAGGGGUCAGCGGUUGCGACGAUUGUUGAGGAUUGGAUGA